GUUUAAAUGAAUACUCUGCAGUUCAAAAUACGUGUUUUGGUCAAAUCGAACAACUUUUUCACCAACCAAACAGCAAUCCAAGAACAAAAACGUGGCUUUUGUCCUCCUCUGCUCCUCCAACAACUUCAUAUCAAGGCUAAAUAAAUGAAAUCAGAAUGCCCCUGCUUUUAAAUUAAAAAAAAAAAACAUCUCGGCCUUUCUUCCUUGUUAAAACUCAGAAGAAUCAAUGGCUUCUACUUCUUCUUCAUUUCUCCAUAUCUUUCAGACCAAAACCAGCCUCCAAACCUCUAAAGACACAGAAAACUUCCCUUCCCAGCAUAAGCAACGCCAUUACUCCUCUCCUUCACUGAAAAAAAUUCAGCAAACCACAGCAGCCAAAUUGGGUUUUCACCGCCAAAGUCUUGCUCUUCAGAGAAGUUUCAUGAACAGGACCAAAUGCGCUGUAAAUCUGGAAUCACCAUUGAUGAAUAUGGAUGAAAAAGAAGCUCCUUUGAGAAUCGGAAUCGUUGGUUUGGGAAAUUUCGGACAGUUUAUAGCUCAGGGUCUGAAGCGGCAAGGCCAUCAAGUCUUGGCCACUUCAAGAUCCGACUACACCGAUUACUGCAAGCUGAAUGGAAUCCACUUUUUCAGGAGCAUGGAUGGUAUGUGUGAGGAAAAGCCAGAUAUCAUGUUAAUAUGCAGCUCAAUCCUAUCCACAGAGAAAAUCGUCCGCACAAUUCCCUUUCAUAAGCUUAAACCAGAUACAAUAUUUGUCGAUGUUUUAUCAGUAAAGCAGUUCCCUAAAAAUCUCUUCCUUGAGGUUCUUCCUCCAGAGUUUGGUAUAGUAUGCACUCAUCCCAUGUUUGGUCCAGAGAGCGGCAAAGAUGGUUGGGCCGGACUGCCAUUUGUGUUCGACCGGGUUCGUGUCAUCCGUGAUAGCUUGCAGACCUUAAACUGCCAACGGUUCUUAAGCAUCUUCGAGCAUGAGGGCUGUAGAAUGGUAGAAAUGUCAUGUGAGGAACAUGACCGACAUGCUGCGGGUAGCCAGUUCAUAACUCAUACCAUUGGAAGAAUCCUAUCUCAAUUAAACUUGGAGUCCACGCCUAUAAACACCAAAGGAUAUGAGACCCUCUUGAAGCUAACUGAGAAUACGGUCAGCGACAGCUUCGAUUUGUACUACGGGCUCUUCAUGUACAACGUUAAUGCUACAGAACAAAUUGAUAAUCUUGAUAGGGCGUUUGAUACAGUGAAGCAGAAGCUCUUCAGGAGAUUACACGACAUACUUCGAAAGCAAAUAGUUGAGAGAGUUCCAAUUCCCAUGGAAUUGAAUGUUGAGAGAUUAAGGAAGAAGAACUCGGUCUCUGCUCCUUCAUUCCUUCCGAAGGCUCAAGACAUGUACAUAAAGGAUAUUUCCUCGUUUGCUGUGCGUGGGGAAGUAAUUGCCAAUUCGAAGGCUCUGCCUCCAGGCAUUCUGUAA